GCAGGGAAGGGGGGGUGGGACCUGAACAUGGCGGCGGUGGUAGCUGCUACGGCGCUGAAGGGCCGGGGGGCAAGAAAUGCCCGCGUACUCCGGGGAAUCCUCUCUGGAGCCACAGCUAACAAGGCUUCCCAGAACAGGACCAGAGCACUGCAGAGCCACAGCUCACCGGAGUGCAAGGAGGAGCCUGAGCCCCUCUCCCCUGAGCUGGAGUACAUUCCCAGGAAGAGAGGCAAGAACCCCAUGAAAGCUGUGGGACUAGCCUGGUAUAGCCUGUACACCCGAACCUGGCUCGGGUACCUCUUCUACCGACAGCAGCUUCGGAGGGCUCGGAAUCGCUAUCCCAAAGGCCACUCCAAAACUCAGCCCCGCCUCUUCAAUGGAGUGAAGGUGCUUCCCAUCCCUGUCCUCUCGGACAACUACAGCUACCUCAUCAUCGACACCCAGGCCGGGCUGGCUGUGGCUGUGGACCCCUCGGACCCGAGGGCUGUGCAGGCUUCCAUUGAAAAGGAAAGAGUUAACUUGGUUGCCAUUCUCUGCACCCACAAGCACUGGGACCACAGUGGAGGGAACCGUGACCUCAGUCGGCGGCACAGGGAUUGUCGAGUGUAUGGGAGCCCUCAGGAUGGUAUCCCCCACCUUACCCACCCCCUGUGUCAUCAAGAUGUGGUCAGUGUUGGACGGCUUCAGAUCCGGGCCCUGGCUACACCUGGCCACACUCAAGGCCAUCUGGUCUACCUGCUGGACGGGGAGCCCUACAAGGGUCCUUCCUGCCUCUUCUCAGGCGACCUGCUUUUCCUCUCUGGCUGUGGACGGACCUUCGAAGGCACAGCAGAGACCAUGCUGAGUUCACUGGACACUGUGUUAGACCUGGGGGAUGACACCCUGCUGUGGCCUGGACAUGAAUAUGCAGAAGAGAACCUGGGCUUUGCAGGAGUCGUGGAACCUGAGAAUUUGGCUCGGGAGAGGAAGAUGCAGUGGGUGCAGAGGCAACGGAUGGAACGCAAGAGCACAUGCCCAUCCACCCUGGGAGAGGAGCGAGCUUACAACCCGUUCCUGAGAACCCAUUGCCUGGCUCUACAGGAGGCUCUGGGGCCAGGGCCAGGCCCCACCAGUGAUGAUGGCUACUCCCGGGCCCAGCUCCUGGAGGAGCUGCGCCGGCUGAAGGACAUGCACAAGAGCAAGUGAUAGCCCUAGCCCACCCCAGUCCGGGCUGUCCCUGCAGAGGGGAGGCCACCCACCACCCACACCUCACCAUCUUCAUCACUAAUGCCACACACCGCCAUUGGUGCCCUAGACAGCGCCAUUCCUUCCAGACUGGUCAGGGGAGGCAGAGCCCAAGCCGUGGGACCUGGAGGAGGAAGGAGUAGAAGGCUCGGAGACCCCAUACAGUACAGCCGGGUGUUUAGGGUUAGAGGAAGGGAGCCCCUGGGCCAUCUCCAGAUUCUGCUGCCUCGGAAGGUCUGCCUCCCUUCCCCCACUUGUGGACCAAUAGCCAGAUCAUGAAGGUUGCUGUUGGCUCCCCCUGCAGAGGCCACACUCUCACUGGAGCCCUACAACCCAGGAGAGCAGAGUCAUGGCAAGACUAGUCUGCCUUCCACUUUCCCCGAUCCAAGGUUGUUGGAGAAGCUCAUCCCCCACAAAAUGAUCAAAGGUGUGGUGCCUGAGAAAGUGGUCACCAACAGGGACAGCCAGACUCUGGGUGACUGAGACUUUUAAACCCCAUCCUACCCACCCUGCUAAGACAUUGCCAGGCAAAGCCAUUCCUAAGAACACCCAAGGGCUGGAAGCCUGGCUCUGACUAGCCCCUGCCUCAGUGGAUGCCCUGAAGGCCCGAGAGAAAGGUCCCUGAUUGCCAAGGAAUCUUCUGCCUCAGGCCAAGGAGACACAAGACCCUGGGAUACAGAGCCACACACCA